AAUUUGUUGAUUAAAGUGCUGACAAACAAACACUUCUUGUAUUUAAUUUGAUUGUCAAUUGUCUUCAGUGAUCAACAAAAAAGAUGAGUGAACAACAAUUGGAUCACGCAUUGGAUCUAAUGAGACGAUUGCCACCGCAACAGAUCGAGAAAAAUUUACGCGAUCUCAUAGAUCUGGUUCCCGAUUUGUGUGAAGACUUGUUGUCAUCUGUUGAUCAGCCGUUGAAGAUAGCGAGGGAUAAAGAGACCGGAAGGGAUUACCUCUUAUGUGAUUACAAUCGCGAUGGAGAUUCAUACAGGUCUCCGUGGAGUAACAAAUACGACCCGCCCUUAGAGGACGGAGCGAUGCCGUCGGAUAAGUUAAGACAACUGGAAGUGGAUGCCAACCAAGCCUUUGAUCAGUACAGGGAAAUGUAUUUUGAGGGCGGAGUUUCAUCUGUCUAUUUGUGGGAUUUAGAUAACGGUUUCGCCGGUGUUAUACUUAUAAAGAAAGCCGGAGACGGGUCUAAAAAGAUCAAAGGAUGUUGGGAUUCAAUACAUGUGGUCGAAGUGCAGGAAAAGUCGAGCGGUCGUAAUGCUCACUAUAAACUUACCUCAACUGUGAUGUUAUGGUUGCAGACCAACAAACCGAGCUCAGGGACCAUGAAUUUAGGAGGUAGUCUUACCAGACAAGUCGAGGCCGAUAAUACAGUAAGUGAAACAAAUCCACACAUCGCUAACAUUGGAAGAAUGGUUGAGGACAUGGAGAAUAAGAUCCGCAAUACGUUGAAUGAGAUUUAUUUUGGCAAAACUAAUAGCAUUUUAAAUGGAUUGCGUUCAGUGCAGUCAUUGUCCGAACAGAAGCUCUCGGAAGCGCUUAAGACAGACUUAGCACAAGCGCUUCAAAAGAGACAGAAAGCAGAUUUGAAUAAUUGAUGAAAACUUAAUUUUAUUAUUAUUAUACCCAAUGAGUUGUACAGCAUUUUGAGAUUUUCGAUACUUGUCUUUAAGUUUAAAGUUUUUCAAUAAGAUUAAUAACUAA